AUGACCAAAAUACGAAGUCCUGCUGGGCUUGAUUCCACCGUUGGACCCACACCGGAGCUCGUUGAUACGGGGUUUCACAAAGUGGCCGCCAACCGUUGGGAAUUUAGCAACAAACUGUUCCGGCGAGGCGAACGUGACAAACUCCGGGAGAUUUGCCGGAAAAAGGCAACGUACAGUAAGCCACAGCUUAGGCUGAGUUCCGAGCUAGCUGACGAGCCGCGAAUUCUGUCUGCAUCGUCAGAGGUAGUCGAAAACCUAAUUUGCGAGAACAAGCGGCUUCGAAGGGAAAACAACGUUUUGAGCUCCGAGCUAGCCGCCAUGAAGAACAAAUUCGAGGAGCUUUUGGAUUUGGCGACGGUCUAUGGCGAGAGUUCGGACAAACAAGAAGCGGAUGAAAACGGGCCGAUGGUUUUUGGUGUGAGGUUGGGGGUUUUGAGAGGAGAACGAGAAAAGUGA